AUGAGGCGUCCCGGCCGCUCAGAUCCGGGGCGGGCGGAGCCGCGGGCUUCCCGCACCGCCCCCGGUACCACCGCGGCUCCGCGGAGUCCCGCUCCUCCCCGGUACCGGCCCGCGGGGGUCCCGCUCCGGCUCCUCCCCGGUACCGGCCCGCGGGGGUCCCGCUCCGCCCCGGUACCGAACACGGCUCCCGCUCCUCCCCGGUACCGGCCCGCGGGGGUCCGGGCCAUGCCCGGGUGCCGGUGCCCGCGCCCGGCGCUGCCGGUGCUGCGCUGGCUGCCGCGGUACUCGCGGGCCUGGCUGCCGCUGGACGCGCUGGCCGGGCUGGCCGUGGGGCUGACCGCCGUGCCCCAGGCGCUGGCCUACGCCGAGCUGGCCGGGCUGCCGCUGCAGUACGGCCUCUAUUCCUCCUUCAUGGGCUGCUUCGUGUACUGCCUCCUGGGCACGGCCAAGGACGUGACGCUGGGGCCCACGGCCAUCAUGUCCCUGCUGGUCUCCUCGUACGCCUUCCAGCAGCCCGCCUAUGCCGUCCUGCUCGCCUUCCUGUGCGGCUGCAUUCAGCUGGCCAUGGGGCUCCUGCGCCUCGGAUUCCUUCUGGAUUUCAUUUCCUGCCCGGUCAUUAAGGGGUUUACAUCAGCUGCUUCCAUCACCAUCAGCUUCAACCAGGUCAAGAACAUCCUGGGCCUGCAGGGCAUCCCGAGGCAGUUCUUCCUGCAGGUCUACGAGACACUGAGGAGGAUUGGGGAGACCAGGGCUGGGGACGCUGUGCUGGGGCUGAGCUGCCUGGCAGCGCUGGCAGGGCUGCGGGCCAUGAAGAGCCACCUGGCCCAGGCUGUGCCCACAGCGCCGCUGGCUGUCAGGAUCAGCCACCUGAUUGUGUGGAUCUGUGCCACAGCACGCAAUGCCCUCGUGGUCCUGUCUGCUGGGCUGGUGGCUUACUCCUUCCAGGUGAUGGGCUGCCAGCCCUUCAGGCUCACGGGCAGCAUCCCCCAGGGCCUGCCAGCCUUCCAGCCACCACGCUUCUCCCUGGCAGUGCCCAAUGGCACCGUCCCCUUCCCCAGCAUGGUGCAGGACAUGGGGGCCGGGCUGGCCGUGGUGCCGCUCAUGGGGCUGCUGGAGAGCGUCGCCAUCGCCAAGGCUUUCGCCUCGCAGAAUGGUUACAGGAUUGACCCCAACCAGGAGCUGCUGGCUCUGGGUAAGAGCUGCUUGCUCAGGAGGGCAGGGGUGGGACCGGGUGUCCCACAGCCCCUGGGCUGCCUGAGAUCCCCAUCUGGCCACCCCUUUCCUGGGGACACAGACACAGCAGUGCCCCCCAGCCCCUCUCCUUUGUCCCCCCAGGUGCUGCCAACGUCCUGGGCUCCUUUGUCUCCUCGUACCCCAUCACGGGCAGCUUUGGCCGGUGCCCUGGUCCUGCUGUCCCUGGCAUACCUGACCUCUCUGUUCUAUUACAUCCCCAAAGCAGCUCUGGCUGCUGUCAUCAUCUCGGCCGUGGUGCCCAUGUUCGACGCUGGCAUCUUCGGGACGCUCUGGCGGGUUAAGAGGCUGGACCUCGUGCCCCUCUGUGUGACCUUCCUGCUCUGCUUCUGGGAGGUGCAGUAUGGAAUCGUGGCUGGGGUGCUGGUGUCUGGCCUUCUCCUGCUCUACUCCAUUGCCAGGCCCCCGAUAAAGGUGUCAGAGGGGGCCAUGCUGCUGGUGCAGCUGGGGAGCAGCCUGCACUUCCCAGCCGUGGAGCACCUCAGGGCCUCGGUGUGCAGCCGUGCUCUGGCAGCAGCAUCUCCAGCUCGCUCUGUGCUGCUGGACUGCAGCCACGUCAGCAGCAUCGAUUACACGGCGCUGCUGGGGCUGGCAGAGCUGCUGCAGGAGCUGCACAGGCACGGCCUCUCGCUGGCCUUCUGUGGCCUGCAGGACCCCGUUCUCCAAGUCCUCCUGUCUGCAGACUUAGAAGGAUUCCAGCAUUUCCCCAGCAGGGAGGAGGCAGGCAGAGCCAGGACAGCGGAGCUGGGGGGCAGCAGGGCAGAGCCCCUCACCAGCACUGCCGAGAGCACCGGGCUCAUCCAGUGA